GCCCCCUGCUAACUGUACUCUUGAAGGGAACACAUGUCCAAAAUCCCACCACGUCCCCCCACCCCAGCCUACUUUCUUGUCCAUUUCUCCAGCUUGUUGGUAUCUACAAAUCAUAUGCACCAAAAUACACCACCGUACAAAAAAAACAGGUCUUUCGGACUGCUGGUCGUUCGUUGGUCUUGCGACUGUUACAGCCUUGGAACAAAACAAAAAGAAAAGUAUCCACACCACCCUCGCUGACCGUCACAUAUCAAGCCGUAAAUAGCCCUGUACAUCAUCGGCCAACGCCAACAGCAACACCCAGUCAUAGUCGCCCCUCCACGCCGCAAACGUAUUUACAUAUCCAUUAUUCCCUACUCCUGCUCGUCACCGCGGAGUCGUCCGUCACACACCCGGCCGUUUAAGUCUUCGUCUGUUGCCCUGCAGUAAGUCGCCCUUUGGUUCCCAGCCCAGUGACGUGACAUCGUGGCAUGACCAAGAGACGCAGGCAGCUAGGAAGGCAGGCAGGCAGGUUGACAUAUUGCAAGCUGACACCUCCCUGCAGCUACCGACAGGAUCCAUCACUGCCGCCGCCUCGCAGGCCACACUUUGUCCCGCGAGACCAUCUAGAGCAAUCGAGCAUCAUCUGAGCCUGUUGCCACGGAGGGCAAGCUGGCCGACCCGCUUCGGCCGCCUCGUCCGAUCUCCUGACUCCCGGGAACCACAUACCGUCACCAAGGAGCCCGGCAUUCACGGACAAGCAGGCACUUUAUAAGUCGGGCGAGGGAGUGUCAGCCUUACCAGCCAUAUUAGGUGCCUGGCCAGUCCGGUGCCGCCCCUGCACGUCUGCAAUAAUUAAAGCCGCGGAGAGUUUGCCCGUCCCGGCGCAGUUAGUGCGCACGCAGGAGCGCUAGGCUGCCGCAUCCUCCACUCCAUCGACCUGCAACCUCGCACGACACCAAGGGCCAUCGCUGCCGCUUGCCGCUUGCCGCCUUAGAAGACGGCCGGACUCUGUCGCCGGUGCGCAUCAAGGCCUGCACCAUCGACUCGGCCGGGGGAAAGCACAAAAGCCAAAAUUCAAAAGCCAAGACGACUGACAGAGAAAAAAAAACCCUCGACAGGACUGAAAGCCAAGAAGACUGACAGAGAACAAAAAAACGCUCGACAGGACCGACAGGGUGUUUAUCGUCGCGACAGGAGCCACACCGGAGUCAGUAUCUCAAACAUUCAAGAAGCUCACCCCGCAAAAAUCCCAGGCCUUUUCAGGGUCCCUCCUCCGGCCUCCGCUCCCUCUCCUCUCACUUCUCGUCGUGUUUCUGGAGCUCGGCCCGCCCAAGGUGUGGUCCGCGGUGCAGUCAGUGCUUGAAUAUUAUCACCGUCGAAAGUCUGGUACAGUGCCGUGCUGUGCCUCGCCUCCCCCCGCUCAGCUCGCCGCUCAGCUCAGCUCAGCUCAGCUCCGGUCCAGUGCGCCUGUGGUGCCGUGCAGAGCCGGCGCAGUGCAGCACGAGGCUGUCUCUCUGUUCUCUCAAAGUGGGCUCGCUGGCCGCUUGUCUGGCUGGCACCGCGCUCGUGCUGUGCGUACUUUGUCGCCCGUUUCCAGGUCCUCCCCGGUCUGGUCUCAGGUGUUUCGCAGGCUGGAUCAUCCACAUUUGCUGCCCCUUGGCACUGGAAUGCAACCUUAAGACUUCACAAAUGCAACCUUAACCUUCCCGCCCGCCUCCGUCCCCGUCAACUGCAUUGUCGCAACCCAAGCCCGACACUUUGUUUGCAUUGAUUGACCCAGCACCACCCUGCGCCCUGCCCUGUCCCUCGCAAGCCACCCCGGACGGCAGCACCGCACUACAGGACCACAUAGGAGACCACAGGCAAACUGUCCUCUGAACAAAAUCUACAAAGGUACACAGACAGAUACGGAUAACAUACUACACAUUCUACACAUCCACAUACACACGCGCGCAUACAACAAGCACGCCCCUUCGGGCAAUCCUCGCCCGCCCACGCCCACAAAGCGCAUUUGCAGCACACACUCCAACCUCCUCGCAAUCCGAGUCCUGCUCCCCCAACUUUUGCCUUCCUGCAUCAAUACUUCAAAAUCAUCUUCCUUCUCUGUACAUCUUGGUUCGCACGCACGCUUUCGCGCCCGUUGUUUCCAUUCUAAUUACGUCUUGUUGUCCUGUCUAACGUACAGCUGGUUUCUGCCGCAGGCUAUUUACCAUCCCGCACACAUUCAGCAAGAUAAUUUCCGAUUCUCGACCGCGAGGCUCCGCUCCGGAGUGACGCCCGCCAUGGACAACACCCAACCAAUUCACGGCCAGCAACCGAACCGCAACUCCAGACCCACGAACCUCUUCAAUUCCCUAUUGAAUGGCACCGCACCAGUAGGAGGAGCCGGCAGUAUAUGGACCCAGAACCCCAUGACGGAUAACCUUUCCUCGAGGGACAACUCAGGUGUUGCUGCGGCCGGCCAGCCGCUGCACUCUGCACAGCGACAGGGCGGAUCCGAGGCCACCCGGUGGCCCUCCAGCGGCCUGGGGAACUGGCCCUCCCAGGACAACGUCCAAUCUCGACCGAACGCAUCACGAAGCACUUCCCCACCGUCCGCGUUUCAGAACAACUCCAACACCUCCCCGUCCUUCAACCCAGGCCGCUUGACGAACGGGCAGAGCAACACCUUUCCCACCACCCUCGCACACGCAUCCAACGGCGUGAUCAGCCGCGGCAGUAUCUCGGGCCCGGCCGGCAGGGUCAACAGUUUCCAGUCCGGGUUCGGCGGCUUUGCACGAACCAACUCGGGGGCUUCUGCUUUUGACGAUGGCGCGGCGCCACGCGACUCGGGGCUGCCGUCGUCCAGGCAGUCCGAGAGCGAAUCGGCGGUGCAGUAUAACAACGAGGUGUCUGGGUUCCCCCAGACGAUCCCGUCACAUAGCCGGCAUGCCUCCAGACCAUCCCUCAGCGCCGCCUCCUCCUCAUACUAUCAGCAACAGCAGCCCUCGAGGUCCCAGAGCCUGAACCCACAGCUUGAUGAUGCCGCCCUGGAGGCUGCUCGCCAGUCCCUCGCGAGGAACAUGCCAAACAACUCCCCGGCCCCCCGCUUCAGCACGGUCCAGGCGAGCACACCCGCGCCGUCGCAGAUUUUCCGCUGGGGCGAUUGGACGCCCGGAAACGGUGUCGGCCAGACCUUCCCCCAGGGAUCCAGGCGGGAGUCGUUGGCAAUGAGCGUCAACCAGUCCGCCAUGAACAGCCCGAGGGCUUUCAGUAACGCCAGGCCUGCCGAGCCAUGGGCUAGUCCGGCCACGGCUGUGGACCUAGACGCCCUCAGCGGGCUCCAGCGAUCGCAGGGCCAGCUGGCAAGGCUGCCCAACCAGCUGCCAUAUGCCGACCCCUCCCCGUACGGCCAGAUGAGCCAGAGCCAGCUCUCCGAGCUGCAGGCCCAGGCGCAACUAAUGCAAUCGGUAUAUCUCCAGAAUUACACCAUGCAAGCACAACCAUACUACGCUGCUCCUACUGGCCCGGCCGCUUACGCCGGCCGACCUGGGCGCACCCAGAACCCUUUCGAGGGCUUCAAGGCAACGCCCCAGCUACUCGAGGAGUUCAAGAAGACGUCGAAAGGCGCCAAUAAGAAGUGGCAGCUCAGGGACAUUUUCGGUUUCGUGGUCGACUUUGCCGGCGACCAACAGGGGUCUCGGUUCCUCCAGGAGAAGAUUCCCAUUGCUAACAGUGACGACAAGGAGAGGGUCUUUCAGGAGAUCAUCGUGAAUGCCAACCAGAUGAUGACAGACGUGUUUGGCAACUACAUCAUCCAGAAGCUGUUCGAGUACGGGACGCUCGCGCAGAAGAAGACGCUCGCGCUUAAGAUGAAACGAAAUGUGGCGCAACUCUCCAUGAACAUCUACGGCUGUCGAUGUGUACAGGAGGCCUUCAACGUCAUCCUCGUCGAGCAGCAGGUCGAGCUGGCCAAGGAGCUCGAGCCCGAGCUGCUGAAGCUGAUGCAGGGUGUCCACUCGAACCAUGUGAUCCAGAAGAUCAUACAAAAGCUACCCAGGGAGCACAUCGACUUUGUCUACAACGGCAUCCGCGGCAAGGUCUUCAUGCUGUCGACGCACAACUACGCAUGCAGGGUGAUCCAGCGGAUGCUCGAGGAGGGCACAGAUGAUGACAAGGCCUUCAUCCUCGAGGAAUUCCUCCGCGACGCGCACAGGCUGGUGCCGGACGAAUGGGGAAACUACGUCACCCAGAUCGUCCUCAAGGUGGGAGGGCCACAGGCACGCGCCGAAAUCAUCCGUCUCUGCAUCGACCAGUUCCUGGUCUACUCCAAGCAGAAGCACGCAAGCAAUGUUAUGGAACACUGCAUCGAGCUCGGAGAGCCGGAGGAUCGGCUGGAGAUGUACAACCUGAUCAUGAACACCCGCACAGAGGACGGGAGCGGUCUGCUGCAGGCAAUGUGGAAGGACCAAUACGCCAAUUACGUUGUCCAGAAACUUUGCUUCCACCUCCGAGGUGUCGAACAGGAGACGCUCAUCAGGGAGAGCCGGCCCUACUACCUUUCGAGGAAGAAGCCCAGCCGCCCUGAUGAGAAGUGGGCGGCCUUUGAGAACCUGAUGAGCCAGUUCCGGGCCACCGCUUCGAGGCAGGGCAGUGUUAGCAGCGCCAACGGUGACCUGAACGGGGCGACGGCAUCACGACCAAGCUCCCAGUCCGACAUGAACUCGGCGAUGCCCACGCCGGCGCUCACCACGGGUGGCAAUAGCCCGCGCACCAGCUCCUCCCAGGCCACCAACGACGGGCCGGCCGACGCCGACACGCCUCAGCCGCUGAAGGACCUUCUCCACAAGUUCGGCGAGACGGGCCUGCAGGAGAGGGAAUCAGCUUAGGCGACGAAGGUGACAACGGUUCACCUAAGGGGGGGGUGUUUGUGCCUCGUCAUCUUCUUACCCCCCCAGGUCUAUAUUCCUCCUUUUCUGUACACGUCCGAGACUCAACAGGGACCGAGUGGCCGAUAAGAGUUACAAAGGCAGGCGCAUUGUCAAAAAGCAACCGGAUCGGACCGGACCAGUAUCGAAAUUCUUGUCCAUUGUUUUUUGGGGUUUGGGUCCUGGUUUAUAUUUCUGGUGGGUUUGGAAUCAUCACUAUCUUCAACGUUACCCCUGGAUACCAUGUCAUGUCUCUCAAGCAUAGGACAUUAGCGGGUUAUGAUGGGCUCAGACGAGCCGGGCACAGCGUACACAACGGACACAAGGUCGGGCAAAAAGUCCUCGGGAUGGGGUGCUUGUUUUCCUUUGGCCGUCGCCAACUCUCUUUACCUCCCCCCAUCACACUGUACUAGUUCAUGUCGUCCCACCCGACGGCGACAGACACGUCGUCUGGCGGUUGUCUCUCGCUUACCCCUAUUAGUUUUUUUGGUAUUAUUUCUGCUGUUCAUACUUUUGGCUCGGCUGGGUAUAUGGGAUAUUUUGGUCUUGUUUCCUUGGUCUGUCUCACUCUAAAGGAGAUCCGGCACAGUAAUGAGCGGGGUGAAAGACUCAGCAUAAUGGACAGGCGUUUAGUGUUCAACGGGGUACAGCGGUGUUUUUCAAAGGGGUUUCGGGCAACUAAAAAUACAGCCAGAGUUUCUGUUCUACCUGAGGUGGUCCCUUGUGAAUUGUCUGGUGUGGUGAUGUUGACCUGUGAUGCGCGAUUACUUGGUCCCGCCGGAAUCGAAACCUCGCCCACACGUCUUCCAUGGCCUGCGUCCACCGCGGCAUCGUCGGCAGCCUUGUUCUGCACCGUCUAGUGAGGCUGCCUGCCUGUCCUGCGCGCUCACGAAUGGCCUCCGGCAGCGCUGGAGCGAGGCGUCUAGAGGUCAGGCAGCCUUUUGUCUCUGCCACUGCCCCAGCACUCCUUGUGUCAUCACGAGCGAGCUCAAUGUUGGCCUUGUUCGCCACACACGAGCACCUCCUCCUCCUCUAGCGCAGGGAUGGCAUGCGCCUCCCAUCUCGGGCCCGGGGAGGGAACGCGUGGAACAGGGUUCAGGUGUGGGCCGGGAGGCUGCCACGGUCUCUUGUGGGGUGGACUGUGGGGAGUGG